AUUGUACUACUAGCUGGAUGUCCAUUCACAUGUCUUGUUAAUUUUAUGUAAAUGAAAAUCAAAUUUUUUUCUCUUCCCCACCAAUUAAACCGCAGUUCUCCAUGAACAAUAAGAACACAAAGUGAAAAAAUCAAGAAAAUGUGAGAAUUUUUGUAAGUGUCUUGGUUUUGGCAUUCAAAUGGAAAGUUAAAGCACAAAGAACAAAAAGAAAAGCUUCUUCUACUAUAGAUUCUGACUAGCAGCUACUUUCAUUUUAAAAUUACACCCUUUUGACCCUAACUUCCCCUAUUUCAAACCUUGUGAGUGACCUCCAAUUUUUUAAUCACAUUUUUUCAGAACCCCACAUUGCUUUUUGCAGACACCAUUCUUGGGAAUUUGACUCUUUUUUCUCACACCUAUAUAUAUUUACACAUGCAUCUACAUAUUGUUGUUGUCAGAGUGCAUUUCUCUUUUUUGUUUCUUUCUUUUUUUUCACUUUAAGCUUGUGUUAAGCUGCUGCUGCUACUACCUUUAAUGAGGUUUUGAAUUAAAGUUGUGAGCUUUAGAUUGUUGUGGGUUGAGGGUGUUGUUGGAGAGUUUUUGAAAUAGUUGAAAAAGUUUUGAACUUUAGAAUCUUGAUGGUUGCUUACUUGUGUGACUAUAAAAGCUAAGUUCUUGAGGUUUGUUUUUUGAAUUAAAGUUUUGAGCUUUAGAUUUCCUUUUGUGGAUUGAGGGUGUUUGUAGAAUGUUUGAAAUAGUUGAAAAGUUUUGAACUUUAGAAUCUUGAUGCUUGCUUACUCCUUCUUAUGUGUCUACAAAAGCUAAGUUCUGGAGGGGUUUUUUUGAAUUAAAGUUUUGUGCUUUAGAUUUCCUUUUGUGGAUUGAGGAUGUUUGCAGAGUUUUUGAAAAGUUUUGAACUUUAGAUUCUUGAUGCUCUUUUUUUUCUUCUUAUGUGACUAUAAAAGCUAAGUUUUUGAGGGGUUGGGGGCAUUCAGAGUCUUUGAAAUGGUUAAAGUUUUGAACUUUAGGGAGUGGUGGGGGAUUGUUUCUUUGGGUUUCUUGGUGGGGUUGUUUCUGUUGUCACAAGGCACUGUUGCUCUUCUUGAAAAUGAUAAGCAAGCAUUGUUGGAUUUUGUUAAUCAGUUGCCUCAUUUGCACCCUUUGAACUGGGAUGCAAAUUCUUCAGUUUGCAAGAACUGGACAGGAGUGGGGUGUAAUGAAGAUGGUUCUAGAGUUAUAGCACUGAGGUUACCUGGGGUUGGGUUCAAUGGUCCAAUUCCUAGUAAUACACUGAGUCGUUUGACUGCAUUGCAGAUCUUGAGCCUUAGAUCUAAUGGUAUCAAUGGCACUUUCCCCAUGGACUUUGAUAACCUGAAAAACUUGUCUUAUCUUUACCUUCAUUACAACAAUUUUUCAGGUCCUCUACCUUUUGAUUUCUCUGUUUGGCAAAAUCUCACCAGUUUGAACUUGUCAAACAACAGAUUCAAUGGCACCAUUCCUAGCUCGAUAUCGGGUUUAAGUCAUCUUACUGCCCUUAAUCUUGCUAACAACUCACUUUCUGGUACCAUUCCUGAUUUGCAUUUGCCCAACUUGCAGCUACUGAAUUUGUCAAACAAUAACCUUAUAGGUACUGUGCCUAAAUCACUUCAAAAAUUCCCAAAGAAUGUGUUCAUUGGUAAUAAUAUGUCUUUACUUGAUUAUCCCGUUUCAAAUUCUUCUAUUGUUUCCCUACCUCAGCAACCAAAUCCAAAACUCAAUAAUGGUGGUAAAUUGAGUGAGAGGGCUUUGCUUGGGAUUAUAGUAGCUAGUAGUGUAACUGGGAUUCUUGGAUUUGGUUUCUUGAUGGUUGUUUGUUGUUUUAGAAGAAAGAAAGAACAUAGUUCGUUUCCUGGCAAGAUGGAGAAGGGAGAUAUGUCUCCUGAUAAGGCGAUCUCGAGGAGUCAAGAUGCUAAUAAUAGAUUGGUUUUCUUUGAGGGUUGUAACUAUGCUUUUGAUUUAGAAGAUUUGCUUAGAGCUUCCGCAGAGGUAUUGGGGAAGGGCACGUUUGGUAUGGCAUAUAAAGCAAUAUUAGAAGAUGCUACCACAGUGGUGGUAAAGAGGUUGAAAGAUGUAGGUGCUGGGAAGAAGGAAUUUGAGCAGCAAAUGGAGGUUGUGGGAAGCAUAAAACAUGAAAAUGUUGUUGAGCUUCGAGCAUAUUACUAUUCAAAAGACGAAAAGCUUACUGUCUCUGACUAUUUCAGUGAGGGUAGUGUUGCUGCAAUGCUCCAUGGUAAACGGGGAGAAAACAGGAUCCCUUUAGACUGGGAAACUCGACUUCGGAUAGCAAUUGGAGCAGCUAGAGGUAUUGCUAGGAUACAUACUGAGAAUGGUGGCAAGUUAGUCCACGGAAACGUCAAAUCCUCAAAUAUCUUUCUGAACUCAAAACAAUAUGGUUGUGUAUCUGAUGUUGGUCUGUCAACAAUAAUGAGCUCGUUAGCUCAUCCAGUUGCACGUGCUGCUGGUUUUCGCGCUCCAGAAGUAACAGACACACGUAAAGCCACUCAACCUUCUGAUGUGUACAGCUUUGGUGUGUUGUUAUUAGAGCUCUUGACAGGCAAGUCCCCCAUCCAUACAACAAACGGAGAUGAGGUCAUACACUUAGUCCGAUGGGUUCAUUCAGUUGUCCGGGAGGAGUGGACUGCUGAAGUAUUCGACUUGGAACUAUUGAGGUACCCAAACAUAGAGGAAGAAAUGGUGGAAAUGUUGCAGAUAGCAAUGUCUUGUGUGGUAAGGAUGUCAGAUCAAAGACCAAAAAUGUUUGAAGUUGUUAAAAUGAUCGAGAACGUUCGUCCCACGAGCUUAGAGAAUCAGCUUUCAUCUGAAGGAAAAGCAGAAACUUCAACACCAAGAGAAGAAGCCACACCUCUGCCUGAUACACAAUCUGAUUCUCAAUGAGUUUGCCAUUUUUAUCAUAGUUUACCAUCUUAAUUCAUGUUGAAAAAUGCUUUACUUCACUCUCUCAGUGAAAUAUUGAAUACUUUGUAACUUAUUCCAAUAGGCACUUUAUUUUAAGUAUUCUUGAAAUAGUACUUUGAUUA